GUUGGCGGACAGAGCUGCAGCGAUGGCGGGUCCCAGCAGGAAACAGAUGUUUAGGUUUCUCAGCCAGCUCGGAGCCUUUAUUCUGACCCGGUUUGGCUUCUGGAACUGCUUCAGCAUGUUGAUGCUGUUCGCCGAGAGAGCGGACUCGAAAAGAAAGCCAGACAUCCACGUGCCCUACCUGUAUGUGGACAUGGGCGUGUCAGUCCUCUGUGCCAGCUUUAUGUCAUUUGGGGUGAAGAGGAGGUGGUUUGCUGUAGGAGCUGCCAUACAGCUAGCCGUCAGCACCUACGCAUCCUACGUUGGAGAACAGGUGCAUUAUGGGGACUGGCUUAAGGUACGGAUGUACUCCAGGGCGCUGGCCAUCAUCGGGGGCUUUCUGAUUCUGGCCAGCGGGGCGGGUGAGGUCUACAGACAGAAGCCACGCAGCAGAUCCCUGCAGUCUACGGGACAGGUUUUCCUGGGAGUCUAUCUCAUCUGCAUAGUGUACUCCCUGCAGCACAGUAAAGAAGACUGGCAGGCCUACCAGAACCACAUCGCUGGAGGAGAGCUGACGCUGAUGCUGCUGGAGGUGCUGCUCGGUGUUCUGGCCCUGGCCUUCCUCUCCGGCUGCUACAUCCGCCUGGCCGCCCAGAUCCUGGCCACCGUCCUCCCCCUGGGGAUCCUGCUCAUCGACGGCAACCUGGGCUACUGGCACCACACGCGCAAGGUGGAGUUCUGGAACCAGAUGAAGCUGAUGGGACACAACGUGGGCAUUUUUGGUGCCGUGCUGAUCCUGGCUACGGACGGCUGAGCCCGCAGGCUUUCACAGACAACUUUCUACAGACCCGGGCGUCUGCAUGACAUGAGAUUUACUGUCCUUUUAGUCACAGCCCCAAUUCAUACUUAAAGCUGCUGUUGCUCAGCAACAUCUCAGGAUUCAAACACUCUGAGCGAAGACGGUUGGACAUGAGCUGCUGCUGCAGUUGUCUUUGACUUUGAAGUCGGUAUUGUUGUUUUUCAGUUUUUUUUAAAUGUAUUUAUUGUUUUUCAGAAUCAGAUCAGAAUCAGCUUUAUUGGCCAGGUUCGAACAUUGUCCAACAAGGAAUUUGACUCCGGUUAUUUCGCUCUUUGGUAGUAAAAAUAAACAAUAAACAAAUGUGGUAUUAUCUACAGUAUAAACAUUUUAAGGUGCAGCAGUUUGAGGUAGUGAGAAGGACAGUUCUGAAUAAGAAUAAGUAUAACCUAUAUACAAUUUUAACAGACAAAUUAUACAAAAAAUACAAAAAAAAUUAUACAAAGGAAAUACAAAAGUGAGAGGUGCAGCAGAGUGAGGCAGACAUGAUUAUUAAAGAGGGUGCUGGAUGAUUUUUAUUGCACGUGUUUGGUUACUCUGAGACUGUUAGUUGUGAGAGUUCAUCAGAGCAACCGCUUGCGGGAAGAAACUGUCUUUGUGUCUGGAGGUUUUGGCGUACAGUGCUCUGUAGCGCCGUCCAGAGGGGAGGAGUUGGAACAGGCGGUGUCCCGGGUGUGAGGGGUCGGCAGAGAUUCGACCUGCCCGUUUCCUGGUCCUGGACCGGUACAGGUCGUCGAUAGAUGGGAGGUUAGUCCCAACUAUCCUCUCUGCAGUCCUGAUGGUCCGUUGCAGUCUGUGCCUGUCCAGUUUGGUGGCUGAUGCAAACCAGACAGUGAUGGAGGAGCAGAGAACUGACUGUAUUAUGGCAGUGUAAAAUGUGAUCAGCAGCUGCUGUGGCAGGUUAAAUUUCCUGAGCUGCCGCAGGAAGUACAACCUCUGCUGCGCCUUCUUCCUGACGGAGUUGAUGUGGGUGGACCACUUCAGGUCCCGGGAGAUGGUGGACCCCAGGAACUUGAAGGUGUCUGUGGAGGAGACGGUGCUGUUGAGGAUGGUGAGGGGGGGGAGUGGCGGUGGGUUUUUCCUGAAGUCCACUGUCAACUCCACAGUCUUGAGCGGGUUCAGCUCCAGGUGGUUCCGACUGCACCAGUGGACCAGCUGAUCCACCUCCCGUCUGUACGCGGACUCGUCACCUUCCCGGAUCAGGCCGAUGACGGUGGUGUCAUCCGCGUACUUCAGGAGCUUCACAGAAGAGUCCCCUGAGGUGCAGUCGUUCGUGUAGAGGGAGAAGAGCAGUGGUGAGAGGACGCACCCCUGGGGGGCGCCAGUGCUGAUGGUGCGGGUGCUGGAUGUGAUGCUCCCCAGCCUCACCUGCUGCCUCCCGUCACUCAGGAAGCUGGUAAUCCACUGACAAGUGGGGGCAGGCACGGUGAGCUGGGUGAGCUUCUGGUGGAGGAUUGCGGGUGCGAUCGUGUUGAACGCCGAGCUGAAGUCCACAAACAGGAUCCUCGCAUAAGUCCCUGGGGUGUCGAGAUGACGCAGGAUGUGAUGCAGUCCUAUGUUGACUGCAUCAUCCACCGACCUGUUUGCCCGGUAAGCAAACUGCAGGGGGUCGAGCAGGGAGCCUGUGGUGUCCUUCAGGUGGCUCAACACCAGCCGCUCAAAGGUCUUCAUGACCACAGACGUCAGGGCGACGGGUCUGUAGUAAUUACCCCUUUACACCAAACUGGUUCCAGGGCUGGUGCUAGUGCUGGUGCUAGAGCCGGUUCGCGGUUGGUUCUAAGUAAGAACCGUUUGCUUUUACACAGCUGGUGCUAGCCAGCAGCUGGCCAGAGAGCCACGUCAUCACGUCACCACCCCCCCUCGUUUUCAUCCCCACCCUGAUCAGGAAGCUGAGAGCCAAAAGCUGUUUUAAUUUCAGCUGUAGCGCUGUUAAUAUGGCACUUUAUUAAGUUUUAAUAUUUUUUCAGGUAAAGUAACCUUUAAGAUCCCCACCCAUGGCUCAGUUUAUCCAAAUAACGCCUGUUAAGAAAUUUGCUCUGAAAAUUUCGGAAUUUCUGGCUGACUGCCGGCUCCGGAGCUGAUUUAUGGUUCUGCGAUAAAUCGACGCAGGGCCUACGGCGAGGGUACGGGUUCUGCUUUGGUUGUUCAGCAGGGUUUCCGCGGGGUUUUAAAAAGUAUUAAAAAGUGAUAAAUGAAAAUUGCCAAAUUUAAGGCCAUUAAAAGUGUUAAAUUCACUGUCAGAGGUAUUAUUUUUUUUUAAAUUGGUAUUUUUUACCUUUUACAUUUUAACAGGGAUUAAAGUUCUCCGUCUCUAGACGGAUUUCCGUCAUUUGGAAAAUGAGGGGGAAAAAAAGAAAGAACAAAAAACAUUUGCACGUGCGUUUUCUUGUGGUACAGACUAUCCAAUGAAAUCAUGUUAGGCAUUAAACUGACGCUGUUGUAAACCAAUAAAUCUAGCCAGAGCCUUGGUAUUAUCCAAUCAGAAAUGGAGGAGGGCGGGUUCGCCCCGCCCCCCUGGGGAGACGGGUACCAGUAGUCAAGUCAUUUAAUUCACAUAUGCGCGUGGUGUGAAACUAUCAAACAAUGAACACGGCGUCAAAGCUGGAAAUGCUGUUUGAGUAUGUGUUUAUGCUGCCAUAUGCGUUAAUCUCCGCUCACACAACCAGCUGCGUUAAGAAACGGACCUCGCUCGAACCACGCGAGGAGAGCGCGUCAUGCUUUGGGUUGCCACCCGUCCCUUGAAAUACGGAAUUGUUCCGUAAAGCCUGAAUUAUGGUUCUGCCCUAAAUCUACGCAAGCCUACGCCGUAGCCUACGCCAUAGCCUACGGCGUAGGGUACGCGGAGACGCGCAACGUACGGUGUGCGUCGCCGCGUACCUUACGCCGUAGGCUCUGCGUUGGUGUAACGCGGAACCAUAAAUCAGCCUUAAUUGGGAAUUAAAAGUUGCGUUCCGUAUUGAACCAAUACAGACACACAAUAUGCUCUUAUUUAUUUAUGUCAUAAUAUACAGGUGAAGGUCGGAAAAUUCAACUUAAGGUGAAACAAAUAUAUUAUUUCCCACUACAUGCAAAGUGAGAUAUUUCAAGCCUUUAUUUGUUAUAAUUUUGAUGAUUAUGGCUCACAGUUUAUGAAAACCCCAAAUAAAAAACCUAAAAAAAAUUAGAAUAUAUUAUGAAAUCAAUAAACAAUUCAAUCAUCAAAAUUAUAACAAAUAAAGGCUUAAUAUACAGUAUCUUGCCUUGCCUGUAAUGAGACUAUGUAAUAUACAUGUAUUAGUUUCACCUCUCAAGUUGAAUUAUUGAAAUAAAUUAACUUUUACACCAUUUUCUUCACCUGUAGGCUAUACAGGACUGUCUCAGAAACUUAGAAUAUUGUGAUAAAGUUCUUUAUUUUCUGUAAUGCAAUUUAAAAAAACAAAAAUGUCAUACAUUCUGGAUUCAUUACAAAUCAACUGAAAUAUUGCAAGCCUUUUAUUAUUUUAAUAUUGCUGAUUAUGGUUUACAAUUUAAGAUUAAGAUUCCCAGAAUAUUCUAAUUUUUUGAGAUAGGAUAUUUGAGUUUUCUUCAGCUGUAAGUCAUGAUCAGCAAUAUUAAAAUAAUAAAAGGCUUGCAAUAUUUCAGUUGAUUUGUAAUGAAUCCAGAAUGUAUGACAUUUUUGUUUUUGUAAUUGUAUUACAGAAAAUCACAAUAUUCUCAUUUUCUGAGACAGUCAUGUAUUCUACAUCUGGGCUGAUGUUACAUACAUAGCAUAGGAGGAUAUUUCAGUUGCUAGUACGGUUGGCUUGGCUGUCUGUACAGUCAUGCAAGUUCAAUGCUAUUAAAGCACUUUAAACUUUAAAUCAAAGCGUUUUGUUUUUUCAUAUAAAAUAAAUACAUUUCUAUGCAUUUUAGAAGGAUGUCCCUUUUUUUGGCUCCUGCGCUGCUGAAAUCAGGGCGUCCCUUAUUUCAAUUUCUGAAAGGUGGCAAUUCUAGUCAUGCUGUAAUACAAGAUUAUGAUUCCACCUACUACAGACGGCGCCGUUAAAGUAAAUUAUCUUUUUUCGCACGUAUCUUUUUGUGUCCAGUCAACUGUGUUCUGGCAAAACUUGCAGAUCAUUGAAUCGCCAGACACGUUACACAUGGACAAAUACACACUCAUACACACUCCCAACCAGUGCACAACCAGUGCUGUCCCACAAUCAGCCGUGUGAAAAAAGUAUUAUCUAUAUUUACUAUAGCUUGUUUGGUUUCUUCUGUUAUUGGACACAUGGUUUGUCAUGAAAUACCUGAAAAAUGCCUGAUGCUUCAUGUCCAGCUGUGUGUCUUGUGACAGAAUAAAUUAGACAAGCUAAAAGGAUUUUUUUUACUGCAUUAGCUAUUGCAAUCUUUUUUGCACUUUAAAUGGAUAUUGAAAGACCCAUUUGAGUUAUUUAUUUUUUAGUUAUUUCACAAUAAUUAUUGUGAAAUUAUUAUUUCACUCGUUAUUUUACAGUCGUAUAAUUCAGGCAACAGCUCAAAAAGCAUUUUUAAUAACACUAACCCACAUCAAUAUCGGAUCGAAUCAAAUGACGAUAAAAAACAGAAAACAGGAGGGCUAAUACAGCAUUUAACUUUUUUACUUAAAACCUUUGGGAAGCGACCGCACAGCAAAAAAGGGGCCGUUCUUAAAGUGUGCUGCAGCGCAUAGAUGCCGGGGGAAUAUGAACUGGCCUGAAAAUAAUUUUUCAGUCAAAUAUUUUUUUUGCUUUAAUCCCUGUUUUAAGCAGUCUAUUUUAUUGUCAUUCACAAAGUGAAAUAAAUGUGAAACAUCUGGUCAACAUCAAUGAGUCUAUAAAUCUGUUCUGUAUAGUGUUUUAUAGGUCAAAAUCUGUAUUAAUGUUAAAAGGUCCGUGAUUAACACUUAAUGUUGUGACCGUUUUUAAAAAAAAUCUGAAGGUAGUGAAAAAGGUAUUAAAUUGGUAUUAAAUUUAACAUAAGGAUUGCUGUAUAAACCCUGUUCAGUAACACCGCCCCCAGCCCGCGACGUAAAGCGGUUCUUACGCCUGGCCCAGCAGCUCAAAGGGGCUGGUGUAGCACCAGUUUUGAGAGCCAGGAGCCGGUGCUUAGGCUGUGUAAAACCAAAGAACUGGUGCUAAGUCUGGCUCUAGCCCAGAACCAGCUCUGGGACCAGCUUGGUGUAAACCUGUGAUGGUGUGUUUCUUCGGGACUGGGAUGAUGGUGGAGCGUUUGAGGCAUUUGGGCACCUCACACAGCUCCAAGGACCGGUUAAAGAUCCUUGUGAAGGUGGGAGCCAGCUGCUCGGCGCAGGCUCUCAGGCAGGAGGGGGACACGCCGUCCGGGCCUGGAGCCUUCUUGAUCUUCUGCCUUUUGAACAGCCGACACACGUCUUCCACAGAGAUCUUGAGUGCAG